AUGGCAAAGCACACCACCUCCUGCGACACCUUCCUUCCCUCAAAGUGCAUUCCCGCUUCAGCCCGCAUGUCCCCAGCAGCGGCGCACCCAUCUCCGCCGGAGCCGAAGCGCAGAAAACUGUCACACUCAAUGCCAGACACGUCCGUGUCUACGUCGAAUAGCAGCAAACGCCGCGUGAACCCCGAGAGCCUCGCGACACGCCUUGGCCCGGAGCUCGUCAGGGAGCUCGACGCGCUGCUCCGCCCCGGGAUGUCGGAGAUGCCACCCUUCGCGGUGCGCCAGGCGAUACAGGCCAAGUUCGGCGCCAACAGGCGGCACAUCUACGACUGGUUCCACAGCAAGGGCCUCCGCGUGACCAAGGAGGAGAAUCGUAGGGUGCCCCAAGACAGCUGCCCGCGCGCGCCGAGGGCGAUCAGGCAGGGCCCGUUGGCCGACUUGGCGCGGUCUACACCGUCGACGCCCAACAGCUGGAGUGAUGACCCCACAGACAGCAACCGGUCUACUCCCAGCUUGCUUCUCACCCCUCCGAGCGGCGUACCCUGCGUAUUUGGUCAGGCAAAGCAACGAUGGUUCACCGGUAACUGCGACGACUCACUGUAUGAGUUCUCUUCCGACAAAUACGACAUGCGCGCUACUAUGGUUCCUGUCACUUCCCUAGACGGUGUUCCCUCAUCACCUUGCGUUGUCUCUGGCUCUUCUGAAGACGUCUCUGCUCAUGCCAAGCAGCUGUUCGAUCAGGUUGCCGAACUGCACAAACUUCAAGAGAUCCGCAAGUCUGCUUGUCUGUCUCCGGUGCUACAGAACGAGAAGCUCAGUUUCCUGCAGCCUCUGGCCGACGGCGGUUGUCUAUCUCAGCCUGAACGGGAAGCAUACUAUGAGUGUCUGUCUGGUGUCCUCGGCCCUGCGUGCGGCGUACAGGAGUCGGUAGGGACGUACAAAGCUUUCAUGACGAGACAAGAGCAGAUCUAUUACGAACGGCUCCUCCCUGGACAUAGUGUCUUCCCAUUAACGCAACCGCAAUGGGUAAAUGGCAAUAACUUCAUGUCUACUAGUGCUCCUCGUGCAAGUCGAUCCUUGGCUAGUGCUACCCUGGCUCGAGAGAGCCCUCUCGUUCCUCAGCUCAACUCUGACAACGUAGGUUGUCCUCCUGCGUCCCUGUUUGUGACGGACAGCGGAAGCACGGACUUCAGCAAAUGGGUCCUUCACGGUGGGCGUUCCCACCCUACGAGCGCCGUAUCCUCUCCUACGCACACGCCGACGCUGGCGUACAAUAUCAGCACGGAAUCUGACAUCUCGAGCUUUUGGGCCUCCGGAGCAGGUGACGUGCCAGAACUUGAUACUGCGCUCGACAUCGCGGACAUUCUGGAGAGCCCUGUGCUGCGGUCGCCGAAUUCAAGCCAUGUACCCGAGCGACCUAUGCGUGAACGUGCAGGCUUCCAUAGCUUCCAUGUCGCCUUGACAGAGCUCCCGCUGCAGUCGGUCCUUACGCCACACUCAUUCGCCAACUUCCAUGGAAACGGGUUCUCACUCCCGCUGCAGAAGCCCAAAGCGGUGCGCGGGCUGGAGAACACGGUCAAGACCAAGACCAAGGAAAAGGCAAAACAGAAGAGCCGGUGUGUUUUCUUGUUAUCUCCGUCAGAUUGCCUUUCUGUCGGCGCUGACGUGUUGACGGCAUCUGUGUGUUCUGCAGACAUCACUAUAGCUAUGCCCCGAGCUUCGUUUGAACUGUUGUUUGCAUCUGUCACGCCUCAUCUCUCGAUACUCUUAUGUUCGGUUAAUUUCCGCUGCAUUUUCCAGGCGAUACUAGAUACAGGAUUUUCCAUUCCACCCUCUGCUGUGUUCUCUCGUCAGCGCCUUCUCGUCUAG